CAAAAUAUCUAAAUAUCUCGUGACGUCGUUAUAAACAGUUUUCAAUAUGGCGGCGUCCAUGUUGCAGCGGAAUAAAAAAGGUCGCUUCAAAAAGUCGUCGAAAAUUAAUGUGUUAGUCGACCAUAACUAUAUAUCUGGUCAUAUUUGUGAAGGGGACACUUGUGAAACAUGUUUUCCUGGUAUGAAAAGUUUGAUCAAUAGCAAAAAGUUUAGUGCAAACGGGUGGCGAAAUGGAAGACGGGUGAUAGAGUGGGUGUCAGUUAUAGAUGCCCUGGAAAAUUGCAGGCACUGUAAAUGCGGGCCUCUUUACCUUACUAAAAGAACCAUCAAGGGUGAGAUGAAACUUGGACUGGGCGGGUAUCUGUAUGUCCAGUGUACUUUUUGUCUGAGGCCCAACAGGAUUCCUUAUGGGAAAACGCACAGAGACGAGGAGCAUGGCAAGGGGAUGCCGAGUUUUUGUAUAAAUACAAAAAUUGGUGCAGCCAUGAUUGACAAUGUCGGUGGACCCCAGCGAAUGAACAAUCUGCUUACAACCUUAGAUUUACCAUUCAUAAAUAACAGAAGUUUGAAAACUAUGGAAAGGAGGGCUGGGCAGAUUAUUGAGAAAUAUGCCAAAGAUAACAUGAAGGAAGAAAGCAUGAUGGCCUUUGAGAAAGAAAUGAUAGCUGUUUCACAGAAAAAAGAGGGAGAUUUUAAAGAGGAGUUUACCGAUUUGGGGGUAGCAGUAAUUCCUGAUGAAUUUAUUGGGGAUGUUUCCAGAAUGCCCGAAUCAGUUUGCAAUGAAAAGUAG